AUGACCCACCAAACUCACGCCUACCACAUAGUAAACCCAAGCCCAUGGCCCCUCACAGGAGCCCUCUCAGCCCUGCUAAUAACUUCGGGACUAGCAAUAUGAUUUCACUUUAACUCAACACUGCUACUAACACUGGGAAUAACAACCAACCUAUUGACCAUAUACCAGUGAUGGCGAGAUGUUAUUCGAGAAAGCACAUUCCAAGGACACCACACACCCAUCGUACAAAAGGGGUUGCGAUACGGAAUAGUCCUUUUUAUCAUUUCAGAAGUAUUCUUCUUUGCAGGCUUCUUUUGAGCCUUUUACCACUCAAGCCUUGCCCCAACACCUGAGCUUGGAGGAUGCUGGCCUCCCACAGGAAUCAUCCCUCUAAACCCCCUAGAAGUCCCCCUGCUAAACACCUCAGUGUUACUAGCCUCCGGCGUAUCUAUUACCUGGGCCCACCACAGCCUAAUAGAAGGCAACCGCAAACAGAUACUCCAAGCCCUAUUUAUCACCAUUUCCCUGGGAGUUUAUUUCACCUUACUCCAAGCCUCAGAAUACUACGAAACAUCCUUUACAAUCUCUGAUGGCGUGUACGGAUCCACUUUUUUCAUAGCCACAGGAUUCCACGGACUGCAUGUCAUUAUUGGAUCCACUUUCCUUAUUGUAUGUUUCCUCCGCCAACUAAAAUACCACUUCACAUCCAGUCACCACUUCGGAUUCGAAGCUGCUGCCUGGUAUUGACACUUUGUAGACGUAGUAUGAUUAUUCCUAUAUGUAUCCAUUUAUUGAUGAGGAUCUU